CAAUUUUCUCAUUAAAUCACUGAAGGCAACAUUUGUACCUAUUUUAGAGACAGACAGGAGGACGAGUCAUCGCACCAGUUGGUAUAAAUGUGCCUGGGUUACGUUGAGUUCACCCAAUGACACAGGAAGUGGUUUACAGCUUAUGAAUUUGAGGUGACAAAGUCAAACCAAAGGCUGAGAGUGACCAGAGAGAGAGAGAGAGAUAGAGAUAAACAACGGCACGUUGUGGAUACAUCUCAUUAAAAUGCCCUACAAAAAGAUAUAAACAUGCUGUUUAUAAGAGUCUGCAGACUGCGUCCUACUAUUUCAGUGUCCCUGGCAUUACCCAGACACGGAGUGAUCCGCCGCAGCAUGGCCUCAGACCCGAAGGCAGCAGAGACAACCCGCUUGGACUUUCUAGUGAUCGGUGGCGGGUCUGGGGGUCUGGCCGGAGCUCGGAGGGCGUCGGAGCUCGGAGCAGCCACCGCAGUGAUCGAGAGUCACAAACUCGGAGGUACCUGCGUUAAUGUUGGCUGUGUUCCAAAGAAGGUUAUGUGGAAUGCAGCAGUUCAUGCUGAGUAUCUCCAUGAUCACAAUGAUUACGGCUUUGACGUUGGAAAUGUUCGUUUCAGUUGGGAAACUCUUAAGGCCAAAAGGGAUGCUUAUGUUAGUCACUUAAAUCGCAUUUAUCGCAACAAUCUUGACAAGGCUAAAAUACAAACUAUUCAAGGUCGUGCAAGGUUCACAAAUGAUCCUGAGCCUACUGUGGAGGUCGGUGGAAAAAAGUAUACAGCACCUCACAUCCUUAUUGCCACUGGAGGGCAGCCUUCUGUUUUGAGUGAUGCUGAAGUUCCAGGGGCAGGUCUUGGCAUUACCAGUGAUGGCUUUUUUGAACUUGAAACACUGCCUAAGCGAAGUGUGAUUGUGGGUGCUGGUUAUAUUGCAGUAGAAAUGGCAGGCAUCCUUUCCACCCUGGGGUCCAAAACAUCCCUCGUUAUUCGACAGACAGGAGUUUUGAGGAACUUCGACAGCUUCAUAAGCACAAACUGCACCAAAGAACUGCAGAACUCUGGUAUAGAUUUGUGGAAGAACUCUCAGGUGAAGUCUGUGAGUAAAACAGACAAGGGUCUGGAGGUGACGCUCGUCACCAAAGACCCAGAGAAGAAGAACGAUGAGGAGAAGAUCAGCACCAUCCAGGAGGUGGACUGUCUUCUCUGGGCCAUCGGCAGGCAGCCAAACACCUCUGGACUGAACAUCGGCGAGAUGGGUGUGGUUACAGAUGAAAGAGGCCAUAUUAUUGUGGAUGAGUUUCAGAACACCACUCGACCAGGGAUCUACGCUGUAGGGGAUGUUUGUGGCAAAGCUCUUCUCACACCAGUUGCCAUUGCUGCAGGCAGAAAACUGGCACACAGACUGUUUGAGGGCAAGAAGGACUCCAAGCUGGACUACUCCAGUAUUCCCACAGUGGUGUUCAGCCACCCACCCAUCGGUACUGUGGGCCUCACAGAAGAUGAGGCCAUUAAAUCCAGAGGAAAGGAGAAUGUGAAGAUUUACAAGACUUCUUUCACUCCAAUGUAUCACGCCAUCACGAGCAGGAAGAGUCAGUGCAUCAUGAAGCUGGUGUGUGUGGGCAAGGAGGAGAAGGUGGUGGGCCUACACAUGCAGGGCCUGGGCUGUGAUGAGAUGCUGCAGGGCUUUUCUGUGGCCAUCAAAAUGGGUGCUACCAAAGCAGACUUUGACAAGACUAUUGCCAUUCACCCCACCUCAUCUGAGGAGUUUGUCACGAUGCGUUAAUGCAACCACAAACACCAACCCCACCCCUCGCUUCCCUAUACAACCAGCUACCCAGACAAGCAUACCAGGACAGAGUCACCACUCCAUAUUACUCUCUCAUCGGCUUGACGACUUGCUUUCUAAAACUACCAACAUACUUCCAUUUUCUCUCAUAUAAGUGACCUUAUUUGUGCGCAGUGUUUCAUUUUUUUCUAAUUUUUACCUAAAUGGACCAAGACCGAGUUAUGACCUUCUUAAACUGUACUGGAUUCCAUUUUGAUAAUUGUGAAAUGGAAGUGAUGGAUCCACAGGUAUUGUUGUCAAGUGAUUGCAUGGGAAGUCAAAAGACCUCUCUCCUAGUGUAUGUGUUUGAUUUGUCAGUCAUUUGUCAGAUUUACAAACACUGCUGCUUCUUAAGGCACCUGUUUACUACCAAUGCAAGGUCAUAACAUAUCUAUUGUACUGUUUCAAAGAUUCAUUAAACCUGCAGGUGUUUUUUCUUAA